UAGUUGUUGCGCAUGAGACUUCGUCAUUCCAUUAAUAUUUCGAUUUCACUUUCAAAAUGCAUAUUUCCGCGUUUAAUAUUCUGAAUUAGCUGCACAUAGCAACAGCGUGCAUGUUCAAUUGUGCCAAACCAAUGGAAAUAAUUGCUCAGUCGGUCGCUGCCCGUACAACCAACAGUAGGCAUUUGGCCGUAACCGAAACGAGCUGAUAACACGAAAGCCUAACGUAACCGCUUCGAAAAACGAUGGCGUUGAUAAACUUGUGGUUUUGGUGAAUUGGACCAACGACCUUGACUGUGUGCCAAACACCGGGCCACUCACUGACAACGAUAAAGACAAUUACAAAUUUCACAUACAUCAGAAGCGACAACGUUAUCAACACCUGAACAAUAAAUAACAUGGAAUUGCUGCACCGGACAAUUUUGACCACGUUGGGUGCGCUCUCGCUCAUCUAUGUGCUGAUCAAGUUCAGUCUGGGUUAUUGGAAAAGACGCGGCAUACUGCACGAGAAGCCAAAGUUUCUGUGGGGCAACAUCAAGGGCGUUCUGCCUGGCAAGCGGCAUAUGUAUGAAGCUCUGCAAUUCAUUUACGACAACUACAAGGAACGGGCCCCCUUUGUUGGUUUCUAUGCCUGCAUAAAACCCUUUGUUUUCGUGCUGGACUUGGAUCUGGUGCGGCACAUACUAGUCACAGAUGCCGGCCAUUUCACAACGCGUGGUCUAUACCAUAAUGUAAACAAUGAGCCGCUUUCGGGUAAUCUGCUGCAGCUUGAUGGACACAAAUGGCGGGCACUUCAUGCACAGACCAAAGGUGUCUUUACUCCUUCGAAUAUGCAAAAAUUACUGCCACAACUGCUGCAAGUGCAGGCCGAGUUCCAAAACACGCUGGCGACGAAAGUGAAGGAGCGCCAAACCAUAAAUAUAAGCGAACUGGUCGACAACUAUAACACCGACGUAAUAUCUUCGUUAGCUUUUGGUCUCAGCGGAAACUCCCUACAAUUUCCACAGACGGAAUUUCAUCAAAUGACACGCAACUAUUGGAACAAUUUUAAAUUGUGGAAGGCCUAUUUAUCGCUGGAGUUUCCCACGCUGGCCCGUCUGCUGCAACACAAAAGCUAUGAUGAGUGUGCCAGCGAGUAUUUUCAGAAGCUGGUCCACACACAACUGCAACAGCAGCGGAACACACAGCGCCGAGAUGGCGAACAAUUGUUUAACUUUCUGCAAUUUUUUUCUGCCACAGAGCGACCGCUCAGUGAUGUUCAAAUUGCAGCGCAGGCUUUCGGGUUCAUUUUGGCCGGCAUGGUGCCACUUAAUGCCACGUUAAGUUUUUGCCUCUACGAGCUGGCGUUAAAACCAGAAUUGCAGGAACGCACUAGAUUGGAAAUAAAUAAGGUUCUGCAACAGCAUAAUGGAUUAACGGCGGAAUCUUUACGCGAGCUAAAGUAUACGAAGCAAGUAUUAAACGAGACGCUUCGUCUACACACACCGUAUCCGUUCCUCUUGCGUCGCACCACCAAAUCCUUUGAAGUGCCCAAGUCGGUGUUCGUUAUAGCGCAUGGCAAUAAUGUGAUCAUACCCACGGCAGCCAUACAUCGUGAUGCGUCCAUUUAUGAAGAGCCACUCCGGUUCGAUCCUGCACGCUUUGAAGCUAAGGCAGUGAACGUACGAUCUGAUAUGUCCUUUCUGCCGUUCGGUGCAGGACUUCGAGGCUGUAUAGCCCAACAGUUUGCCGAAAUGCAACUCCUCGUCGGUCUAGUGGCACUGCUCCAGCAUCACAGGUAUACACCAUGUGCCGACACAGUAAUACCCCUGCAAUACGACACCCGAAAGUUGCUUUUGGUGCCCAAAACGGACAUCAGGUUGAUUGUGGAACGAAUAGAUUCAAAAUAAUGACGAGUUCUGGAGCUUGAAUAUGUUAUUUCCAACUUCUUAUUUGUUGUUUUCGUGUUUACACUUUAAAAUUUAUAUUUGUACGUAUAUUUUGUUAUAUUUGUAAGUUAAGUUCUUGUGUGAUAUGUAAGCCUUCUAAUAAUUUAGACCAUAAACUAUGGAACAAAAAAUAAUUCGCAUUGCACUGGACAGCGGUAAAACUUGAACAAUAAAAACAGCCGAAGAGAU